AGGAGCGGCGGCUCGCGGCAGUGUGCUGCUCUGCGCUGUGGUUCCACGGCUAAGACCUUGGCGUUUGCAAUGGCGUCGCCCAUGCGUGGUCGAGGUCGGGGAAGUCCCUGUGUGUCGGCCCUGGUGCAAGAAGGUUGUGAUGGUACAAGAGCUUUCCCAACAAAGCUGUCAUGGCUGGCCAGGACAAAAGUGGCCUGGAGCUAAGUAGCUUCUUCAUCUUUAACUCAACAUUUGGUCCAAGAGAGGGUGAAGAGGAGAAGAAGGUGAUAUAUUACCAUCCAAGGAACACAGACAUAAAUGCUCAAGUGAAGGAUGUUGGGCUAGUUGAGGCUUUGGUCCAGUUUGCCAGGACAUUCAACACUGAGGCGCCAGUGCACUGCCUGCAGACCCUAAAGCAUAAGCACUUCUACCUGGAGCCUGAGAAGGACUUCUUCAUGGUGCUGGUGGUGCGUCUGCCGGUGGUGAAGGUGACACGCGACAGCGCCCCCUGCCGGGAGUACGUGCCCAGCGCCGUGCAGCAGCCGGUGUACCUGGCGCUGCUGCGGCACAUGUACCAGCUGUACCGGCUGCUCAGCGGCCUCAUGACCGGCUGCCCGCGGCAGCAGCUGGCCGAGCAAGCCGCCGCCAUUUUCGACAGCUACCUGCCGCAGCUGCAGCUCCAGCAGCGCGACAUCAUGGACAUCUACACGGGCGUGCGCUUCCUGCCGCUGGACAAGCUGUCUUUCCUGCGGCUGCAGAGCUUCGUCAACCAACUGGAGGUGGAGCACCCCUUCAUCCGACACACUGUGCUCUACUUCAAGGAGCACCUAGUCUGGUCGGGCCUGGGGCGCACCAACAUGAACAUCAUCAACCACUACCUGGCCACCGUGCUCUUCCCCGAGUGCGGCUCCCGGCCGUCGGUCUGGCGCGACCGCGACGCCUCCACCAGCGGCAUCUUCAUGUCGACGGAGGCGGCGUCUGGCGAGCAGCCGGAUGAGUGCCUAUCGCCACCUGUCGUCCACCUGCGGAAGCACAACUGCAGCGCACCGCAGCUGGGCGGCGCCAGCGGCAGUCGCGACGGCGACGACAGCGUGGACGGCGAGGCGGUCGAGACGGCGGACCAGCCGGCCCAGAUGGUCAUGUAUCGGCUCAUCGACAUGGUCGUCGUCCUCAUGCUUGACACGGAGGUGCGGCCAACGAUGCAGCUGUGCCGCCAGCUGGACGUCUUCAUGGCGUCCCGCGUGCAGGAGCUGUCGGCGCUGCUGGCCCGCUCGCUGGCCGACAGAGGGGCCACCAAGGAUGACCCCGACACGAAAGUGAUCUACUACAACCGCUACAACCUGGCCCAGAAAACGAGCAUGCACGAGGAGGGAGGCCGCGCCGGCGUACCCGAAGAGGCCCGCCAGCUGAUGGUUGACCUCAGGGAGGACGCGCUCAGUUUCGGACCAGAGGGCGGUGCCGUGUUCGGCCGGGCGAUCAACGAGAGCUGGGUGGCCGGCCGCGUGGCGCCCGACCGCGAGUUCUUCACCGUCAUCCAGCAGAAGGGCGCCAAUCUCAUGGACGUCAACGGCCAGGUGGACCAGCUGUGUCGAGACCAGUUCGCCAGCAUCUUCUUCCCGGCCUGAGAGCGGCCGUCACUCCAGCCGAGGCGAGACCACCGGCCGGCGAACGCGUCCUCGGACAGUCACGUGACCGCGGACGGUGGCGACACCGCCCGAGAGACGACACCUAGACCGGUCACGUGACGGUGACGUCAGCUCGGCUGGGAGACGCGGCCGGACGCGGCUGGGGCCGGGCCGGGGUGCCUGCUGUGCUGACGCACAGCACCACGUUCUGCUGUUCUGGCACUGGAGGAGCGUCCGACUGCAGGUCCUGCUGCCGGCUCCGGCCAGCGGAUGCGUAUCCUCUUUAGAGCGGACGUCACGCGCCGUGCGCCGCUUCGCGCGGCACGUGUUUUGUACGCAGUGUGCUGCAGUGUACUCCCGCGAGGCGCACGUGAUAUCUAUUACACCGCAGUCGCUCUGCAUUGAGCGCCGUUGUGUGCUACAUGUGAUAACUCCGGUAGGCGGCGGGGUUCCUCGGUGGUGCGCCCGUCGGUGGAUUCGGCCGGCUGCACGUCCGUGCGUCGAUAUUACCCUCCGCCGCUUGCCGCGGCUGUCGGGUCCGUCUCGCGGCUGUGGCGGCCUCCGCGCGCUCCCGUGGUGGCCGCCGGACGCGCCGGACUCAUGGCGGUGCUCCGCCGGUGUGGGCUCCGGACGGACGGGGCCGAGCGUCCCAACGUUGUAUGCCGGCCAGCGAUACAUAGUCACGCCAUCUAGCUCUGGCGGCGAAGCGGCAUGUUCGUACGAUCUGUCCCA